GUUACGUUAUAUAUUUCGUCGAUAGUAGCUACGCCUCGUUCACAUUUAUCAAUAGGAUAGUUAUGGAGAUUUAUAUGGAGUCCUCACCGGACCCUGCUUCCAGUGACGCGGGAAACAGCGUCUCUAAACCGGCUACUCCAGUCAUGGACACCCCGGUGAAUCUGGAGACCCUCCAAACGGACCACCACCACCAAACCCCUGGUAGAGGACAGAGUCGUUCCGGCUCCAACAAAGGGUCGGCAGCAGCGAAGAAGACACAUACAUCUCAAAUUGAAAUUAUUCCUUGCAAGAUAUGUGGAGAUAAGUCGUCAGGUAUCCACUACGGCGUGAUCACCUGCGAAGGCUGCAAGGGUUUCUUCAGGAGGAGCCAGCAGAGUAAUGCAGGGUACUCCUGCCCUCGUCAGAAGAACUGUUUGAUUGACAGGACCAGCAGAAACCGCUGCCAACACUGUAGACUGCAGAAAUGCCUGACCGUGGGCAUGUCACGGGACGCGGUGAAGUUUGGCCGUAUGUCCAAGAAGCAGAGAGACAGCCUGUAUGCUGAGGUCCAGAAGCACCGUCUCCAGCAGGCCCAGCAGCUGCAGAGAGACCUCCAUCCCCAGAACCCGGAGGAGGUCGAGCCUCUCUCUCCCCACUACGGCCUCACCGACCUCCCGGAAGACCUGGGAGGGUACAUGGAGGAAAACAGCCCUGGGGGGGGUAACGGCCCAGCCUCCAAGGGGGGCUCUGAGUCGGGAGGAGUGGGGGGGUUCUACCUGGACAUUCAGCCGUCUCCUGAUCAGUCUGGACUGGAUAUUAACGGUAUAAAAUCGGAGCCUCUUUGUGAUUAUGGUUCCGACCAGGGUUUCUUCCCCUACUGUUCCUUCACCAACGGAGACACAUCUCCCACAGUAUCUAUGGCUGAGCUAGAACACCUAGGCCAGAACAUCUCCAAGUCCCACCAGGAGACGUGUCAGUACCUGAGGGAGGAGCUACAGAGCAUGACCUGGCAGGCCUUCCUCCAGGAGGAGAUAGAGACCUACCAGACGAAGCCGGAGGAGGUGAUGUGGCAGCUGUGUGCCAUCAAGAUAACGGAGGCCAUCCAGUACGUGGUGGAGUUCGCCAAACGCAUCGACGGCUUCAUGGAGCUCUGUCAGAACGACCAGAUAGUGUUGCUCAAAGCAGGGUCUCUUGAGGUGGUGUUCAUCAGGAUGUGUCGUGCCUUUGACUCUCAGAACAGCACCGUCUACUUCGAUGGGAAGUACGCUGGGACCGACGUCUUCAAAGCGUUAGGUUGUGACGAUCUGAUUCGCUUAGUCUUUGAGUUUGGGAAGAGCAUGUCUGUCAUCCAUCUCUCUGAGGAGGAGAUCGCUCUCUUCUCAGCGUACGUCCUGAUGUCUGCGGAUCGGACGUGGCUUCAGGAGAAGGUGAAGGUAGAGAAGCUGCAACAGAAGAUCCAGCUGGCUCUCCAACAUGUCCUUCAGCAGAACGGCAGAGAGGAUGUGGUUCUCACUAAGUUGAUAUGCAAAGUGUCGACCCUGCGGGCGUUAGUCAGCCGGCACACAGAGAAGCUGACGGCCUUCAGAGCAACCUACCCAGACAUUGUCCAAGCCCACUUCCCUCCACUAUACAGGGAGCUGUUUGGCUCAGACUUUGAACAGGGCUCCAUGUCCAUAGACGGCUAG